UCACUGAUUAGGUAACUACGAUCGAUAAUUACCAAAUUGAAAUUGAACAGUACCAUUAGUAACCUUUAGUGGGCACGCCCACUUCUUAAAUCGCACGACACGACAGACGACGUAGCUGUGAAUAAUUGUAAUACCGCCUUUCAAUACACGAAUGCAGCAUAGCACAACUACUACUAAAAUCUGUCGGAACUCUUUUUAGCUAGGCGUUCACGAUCAACGUGGUCGUAGGUCCAGUACCUCAUGAUUUUUUAAAACCACUUCAUCCGAAAGCAGUUAUACAGUACAUGGAGUUACACCGCGGACAAGAAGUUCAACUUAACGAAAUGAUCACACUACUCAACUUGUACUGGAAGUAUAUCAAAGGAGGAAUCAUUCAGGAUCAUCAGACGUCGUAUAUUAAUUUAUUAAGCGAAGCGUUUAACAUUAUAUUUGACGAACACUACAAAGAUCCAAGAAAGUUCGAAGCGGUCAAACCGUUUUUAAUCCAAUCUCAAAACAGGAUGUACCCAACCGAACCGAUCGGAAAUCUGGACCCAGCCUCGGAGCCGAUGUUCAAAGUCCACGUACAAAGCAAUCCGGAUAUUGUUUGCCCGGCCGCAGUCGAAGGAACUAAACCGCACACAUAUUUAAAGGAGAUUGACACCGAGAUAUUGAUUGAAUACAUGGAAUCGCACGCAAACAUGGAGGAAAUGCUGGUGUUAUACAAUCUGUACUGGAAACGGGUAAAAACCAACGAAUGUAAAGGCAACUUUAAAAAGUAUUGUGAUCUGUUGUCGGACGCCUUCAAUAUUGUAUGCGAUAAGCAUUUUGGAAAUGUGGAAAAUUUCGCACGAGCAAUACCAUCGAAUGGCACAACCCGAGCAGAGAGAAUUAACAGUUUUUUACCUUAUGCGUACUGAUUUUUCACACUUCGACAUUUGUUCGGUCUAUAUUGUAUAAUAUUAUUGUUUUUUUGUUUUCAAUAAAAUAAUACGGGU